AUGAAUCGCCAUAUCACCAACAAGAAGCCCUCUCUAACACAGCAGAUCUUGACCACACUUGGAUUUGGAGUCUCGCCGCAGAAAGUGAAUUGCUGGUAUUGCUGUCAGGAUUCCUAUUUGCUUCCAGGAUCCAAGAAUACAGUCAAACAUUGGUAUUGCAACUUGUGUGAGAGCACGAAUAUCAGAGACGAGAAAGGAGAGAUUGCUGAUCCCACAGUGUUUGAAGCAUCCAGCACUCGACACAUACCCUCCAUUGAAAGAACCCCAAGCUCCAUUCGCAAGAACUCAUCUAAAACACUGUGUUCUGACUGUGUUGCCAAUCAAGAAAUCAUCUAUCGCUACUUGGCAGACUACAUCCCAGAUGAAUCAGACCCCACUUACCAGAUCAAAUUCAAUAGUGUCGAUGAAUACAAGGCCAAGCUGCAUCAACGCUACAAGCUAUGCAACGAAUGCCAGCAAAAAAUCUCAAAACUGAAUGAAGAGCAAAGAGAAUACAUGAAAAGAAUGCGCUUCACUGCUUCUUUGAUCGAAAGCGCAAAGCCUCAGACACUCGCUAGACCCCCACGACAUGCACACAGACUGAGAGGAUGUGCAUGGUUGCUGGUUCAUGCUUGGACCAUUCUCUUUGGCGUUUUUUGCAUUGUAUACCACCCACAGAACACACAUUUCAACGUUUCCAGUAAGGUGCUGCAAUUACACCAGCCUGACAUACUACAAGAAUGGAUGGACUAUCUCUCUGACACAAGUACCACCUUAUUCGAUCCUGUGCGAUGUGUGUUUUCAAGAACGGACGAGUCUUGCUAUUGGGACAUGAGCUAUCAACAUGUGAUCAUUUUGGUGUUGAUGACAAGUCUGUCCUUUGUUCUCAGAAACUGGCACCAUUUGCUGAUAGAAGAAGCUGCGGACAAGCUGAAGAAUUACAGCGUUUACAAGAAUGUACAAAAAGUGUUGAUCUUGUUACGAUGGGCGCUAUUUGCAUUGAUUGCAAUGGAUGCGAAUCGAACCAUGGAAGUGGCUGUUCUUGUUGUUUACUGCAGUUUACUGGUCGCUUCAUAUAGUGCUGUCAGACGUGCGAUUUGGCCGUAUUCUUUAAUAGGAAAAAGCAGAAGAGAGGAGGUGCAGGUGGAAAAGGAGGAGGACAGUACUGCUGAACCGAUGGACAUUGAGCCCGACCAUCCUCAACAGCAGCAGCAACAACAACAACACUAUCAACAUUCGUAUCGUCAUCAACCCUAUCAACAACAAUAUCAACCAGACGUCGUUGACUCGUUAGUUAAUGGCUUGCAUCAAAUCGCUUUUUAG